GGCGGCAGCGUCCCCUCAGCCCCGCGGCCCGGCAGCGUGCCGAGCGUUCGGCUCCCGCCUCCCUCCUUCCCUGUUCUCGGAGGCUCUGCUCUGUUCCUCCGGCCCUACCGAUACCUGUGGAGUGGCCCGUGAAGAGUCCGUCCCUCUACCCGCAUCUCCUUCCUUUGGGCAGGGAAUGGGGCGCUGGGAGCACCUGGCGCAGAGGUUUGCUGCCUCUUGAGCCGUCCCGCACCUCGUUGUGCCCGCGCAGCUCCGGGGUUUGGCUUUCUACCGGUGGGGUUUGGCUGUCCAACGCCCGCUGAGCCUGGGAACAGCAGCGGUGACACAUCAUGUGCCAGGCGCAAUCCAGGUGGCUGAAGGAUGCCCCUGGGAGAUCUCAAUAGGCACCGAAGGCCUCAAACUUUUGUAGGCGUGAAAAGUGAAGAAAUUAGAAUUGUUUCUGAAAACUCUUUCAAAGAAACCUGGUUCCAGCUUCCAAACGGCUGAAAAAAGCCCCAACGUCUGCUCUAGUGCUUGGAAGGUGAAGGCUGCAGGGCAGGAGUGCUUCCCCCGCCAUCCUGCUGGGAGCUGGUGCCUGUGCUGUGCUGGGAAUGGAAAGCCACGAACGAGACUUGGCAGUGGUCUGUUUUAUGUGAUGAUCUGAGGUCCCCAGGAUGACCUAGCACUUACCUUCACAAACUGGGCCAAGCGGAAGGCCGAGGUGACUUGAAAGAACCCUAGAGGUGGGACCAGGCCAGGAGCAAAAGCGAGUCCCAACCUGAUUGUGUCUGGUCAGAGCUAUAUAUUCUUCUUAAGAGACGCGUUACUGGAGCAGACCUGGAUCUUUUAGCAUCCACUUGAGCUGGAAGCAGCUCGUAGUUUGUUUUGUUUUCUUGUUUUGUUUUUUUUUUAAUUAAUGUUUGUACAAUCUUCUGGAUGUUUUUUUUCAAGAAGGAGUAAAAGGGAGUGUUGGAAACAAACAAACAGGAUUAAAACCCUGAGCGCUUAAGGAAGACAGGUUAAGGAACUUAAUCCAGGAUGGAUAUGCAGGAGCCUCAGCAGCUGGGUAUGUUUGGAGAGAGCGAGCUGAUGUCUGUGGGGAUGGACACUUUUAUCCAUCGCAUCGACUCUACUGAAGUCAUCUACCAGCCACGGCGGAAAAGGGCCAAGCUCAUCGGCAAGUACUUGAUGGGAGACUUGCUUGGAGAAGGAUCUUAUGGCAAAGUGAAGGAGAUGCUGGACUCUGAAACCCUCUGUAGGAGAGCUGUGAAAAUUCUGAAGAAGAAGAAGCUACGCAGAAUUCCCAACGGGGAGGCAAACGUGAAAAAGGAAAUCCAGCUCCUGCGACGACUGCGGCACAAAAACGUUAUCCAGUUGGUGGAUGUGUUGUACAAUGAAGAGAAGCAGAAAAUGUAUAUGGUGAUGGAGUACUGCGUGUGUGGGAUGCAGGAGAUGCUGGACAGUGUCCCAGAAAAGAGGUUUCCAGUUUUUCAGGCUCAUGGGUACUUCUGUCAGCUUAUAGAUGGCUUAGAAUACUUGCACAGCCAAGGGAUUGUCCACAAGGAUAUAAAACCUGGGAACCUCCUGCUGACCACCAAUGGGACGCUGAAAAUAUCUGAUCUAGGCGUAGCAGAGGCAUUGCAUCCAUUUGCAGAGGAUGACACGUGCCGAACGAGCCAAGGGUCGCCAGCAUUCCAGCCACCAGAAAUUGCCAAUGGCCUUGAUACCUUUUCAGGCUUUAAAGUAGACAUCUGGUCCGCAGGGGUGACGCUAUACAACAUUACAACGGGUCUCUACCCCUUUGAAGGGGAUAAUAUAUAUAAGUUAUUUGAAAACAUCGGGAAAGGUGACUUCACAAUUCCAGAGGAUUGUGGUCCUCCACUCUCAGACUUGUUGAGAGGGAUGCUUGAAUACGACCCAGCCAAGAGAUUUUCAAUACAGCAGAUAAGGCAGCACAAUUGGUUUCGUAAGAAACACGCUCAGGCAGAGACUCUGGUGCCCAUACCUCCUAGCCCAGAAACAAAGGACAAGUGGAGAAGUAUGACGGCGGUGCCUUAUCUGGAAGAUCUGCAUGGCUACAAUGAGGACGAAGAUGAUGACUUGUAUGACAUUGAAGAUGAUAUCAUCUACACUCAGGACUUCACAGUACCAGCUGCAGAGGAGGAAGCUGAGGCAGGGCGUAGAGGAGAGAGCGGAGCGCUGGGAAGCCGUGACGAGCUGUGUGCAGGAGGAAGCUGUGCUCCCAUUGGAAAAAGGCACGGAAGAGGAGUGAAGGUUAGCCUAGGGCCCAGAGCACUGCCCUCUCGGGCUUCCAGUGGCCUGAGCUAAUGGCUGGUGCCUUUAACCAAAGGCUGGCUGAGAAGGAAAGCUCUACCUGACCUACAUUAAAGGCGGUUACUCUGCCUGUGCACCCCAGGCUGCUCCUGCUGAGCUGCCCCACAGAAUCCUGCCUCUUCUCACUCUAGCUGAAGUGUUUGGUUUCUCUUCGACUCCUGCAGUGCUGAGCAGUUUGUGUUGCUGCUUGGUUUGUAUUCUUCUUGGUGAUUAAAAAGUGGAAACUCAGGAAGACUUGCACAAUUAGUGAUUGUAUGUCCUGCAGGCUCAGGGCAGAUGUGAGCGUUCUGGUUGCUGCUGAGUGUCUCUGCCUCACAGCCCUGCAGCUGGGCAUUGCACGUUGUUGUUGAUGUGCCACAUCCCUGCUGCUCCUCCUGCUCAGGGAGCUGGGGCUGUGCACCAUGCAGCAAUGCCUGCUGUGCAGGAGCCUGGUGCCCAUGAUGUUCCCCUGCUUGGGAGCUUCUGACAGUGGGAGAUCACCUCUGGAACUGUCACAUCAGCUGUUACAUGCUCCUCAUGCAGACAGCGCCAUUUAAACCCAAAUAAGGGCUGUCACAUCAGAAGAUGACAGGCAAAUUACUGGAAGAUGUCUGAAGUUCUCUAUGGAGCUUGUGCUGUUUCAGAGGGGGUAGAAGAGCUGAAGCUCAGUAGUGGCCCCAUAGACCAGUACUUCCCAUAUUAUACAGUGGCUGGGUGGGCUGAAUGCUGUUUUAUGUCACUCAGCUGCAGCAUGGUGAUGAAUGUCAGCCUUCCAGUUAUUUCAAGAGCUAUUUUGCAGUGGGAUGCAGUGAAAGAAAGCAUCUUCCACCAGCCCAUCUCCAGGCCCUCAUCCAGCACUUUCAUGUUCCGCUCCCGUAGCGAUCAUGGGCUGAGCUGGGUGCUCCCUGACAGGGGUUCCUGGGGGACAGCAAACCCUGCAGUCUGGCUGCAGCCCCAGGGAUCCCUGUGUGGCAGGAGGAGGGUUUCUCUGGGCUGUGUGCUGCCGUGCUGCUCUCUGAGCAGCUGUCACACGGGGUCUUUGGCAGUGUGAACACGUGUGGAUUCGUGUUCCCAAACCACGGGUAGCAUUUAAGCACAGGGUGCAGUCUUCUCCUGCAGACAAGUCACCUAAGGCUGCUUGCAGGGCCGCUUAGCAGCUUUAUAUUAAAGAGAUCUUGGCCAAAACAUCACAAAAGGAUCACAGGGCUGGUGUAGGCUGCCUGUGGGAGCAGUGGGGUGAGGAGGAGCCCAGCAGGAGCUUUGUGCAGCAGGGGCAGCUGGCACAGAGGAUACCUUGUCACUAGUUUUCCCCAAGGCUUCUCCCAGGAUCCUUUGACGUUGCUCAGCUCUAUCCCAGUGUCACAUUUCUAACAGUGAUGCUGUAUUGAAGUAAAAAUAAAGAAGCCAACCCCCUUGUAAGUGACGGGUGAGUUCAGUUUUCUGCUGGGCAGGCAGCGCAGGAGCGUGCCUGACUCACAGGAGUGGGUGUUCAGGUGGGGAAGGGAAGAGAAAACCUCAUUAAAUCUUAGUUGAGAGGAAGAAGGGGCUCUGCGAACGUGCCAUUAUUCUUAAAGGGCUCUUUAAAGAUUUAUGCAGCUCUGCAGAGCCUUAAACAGGACGUGCCCCUGGUUCAAUCGGUGUUAAACAUCUCAGCAGAGGGGAGAGCAGCACGUGCCUCCCUGCAGAGCUGCUUGCCGGGGCUGGGAGCAUCUCGCUGCUGCGGUGCUGGGUUUGUGUUCGGGUGCUCUGCUUUGCUCUGCUUUGCUUUGCUUUGCUCUGCUCCCCUCGUGGCAGCCGUGUGGGGGUCUGAGCUUUGUGUCCCCUCCCACAGCAGUGGCUCAGAGGCUGCAAAACAAACCCUGGUGUCGGGGAGGUGCAUUUCUCACCGCGCACAGCUGACAGACGCCGUGAUUCAAAAGAUCUCCACGGGUUUUUUGUUUUGGAACCUUUCCUGUGCCUGAAUGAACGGGAUGGAGCCAUUAAGAGCCGUGAGAGGCAGCAGGGAUGCGCGUGCUCACCACCUCUCAGCCCUCCCCUCUCUCUUAUUUUUAGCCCUGGGCUGAUGCUGGUCGGUAGGAUGUGGCUGCUCGCGCACGCAGCGCUGGCCACGGCUUCCGCGGGGGCAGGCAGUUGCCAAGAUUUCAUCCUAUGCUGAAUUGUUAUUUUCAUUAAUUUGAACGUCAGCAACUGUCAGCAGUGAAGGAGGUAAAAUUAGCCUGCAGCUCGUCCUCCCUCCUCAGCAUCCAUAACGGCCCCCUGGGAUUGUUCUUUUCGCUGGGAGGAGGGGAUAGGCGCACAAAAGAGAAAUGAGCUGUUGGGAUGUUUUUCCCCCCCCCUCCUCCCCAGUCAGAAAUGUUCAUUGCUUUGGUCAGAGCAACCCGGCCAAGGGAAGGGAAGGAUAAGUGCUCAGCUGUGCUCUGAGGGUGGGUGCUGAGGUCUCUGCUGCGGCACCCAGCCCCCAGCUGGCACUGUGGGGCUGUGCCAGCACUGCUUCUUGUGGGUGCUGGGCUGGGCCUUUGGAUCCCUGCAGCUUUUUGGGGUUGAGGUAAGUGCUGAACGUGACUCUGAACCAAGAGACCAGACACGAUGUCCCCUCGUGUUUGUGAAUGACUUCCAGCCAUGGAGGAGGAGGAGGACGUGCUGUGGGAGGACCCCCAACCCGUCCCAGUGCCCCCUCUGCCCCAUGCCGUGGGGUGAGAGCUGGUGCGUGGUGCUGAUGCUGCGCUCGGCCUUGGAGGAGAAAGGAUGGAGCAUCCUCUAAAGAAAAUUAUACAUAAUCAUCUUACAGCUCUCGCUUCCACUCAAACCUCUGAGUCAUAACUGAAGGGCCCUGGAGCGUGACGUUCCUGGUGGAAGGAAAUUGCCGUGGCUGGAUCUGGUGUGGGGGAGCAGGGGGACCUGAGGAGCCCUUCCUUCAUCCCCAUGGAGCUGCAGUGCAAUGGGAGCGCGGCGGUGCCCCUCCUGCCCUGGUCAGAGACCCCCCCCCCCCCGAGUCAGUCCCCAGGUACAGGGAUGUGACUGGAGCCCACAUCAGCUGCGAGGCACUGGGACACCUCUCUUGGGGGCCCUGUGCCCCCGGUGCUGAGUCACUGCACUGAGCUGAGCGGAUGGAGAGGGCUGCUCUGGGGCCAGCGGAGCAAACCGACCCCAUCCAUUGCAGGGCACACAGCUGUGCCCCGGUCCCUGCAGCGGGAUAACGCCCUUCUUCGGCUGGAGCAGCGUGAAACUGCGCACCCUUUGCCUUCAGUUUCCUUCUCCUCUGUCCCGAGUGUCGGAGAGCAGAGGCGCUCCAGCCGGGCAGGCGCUGCCACGGCCUCACGCUGCGUUCCC